AUGACUACCAAAAAUGAGACUUUACUACAGGAUUUUCUCUUACUGGGUUUCCCGGGGACCCAGGCCCUUCAGCUAUCUCUUUUCAUGCUCUUUCUUGUGAUGUACCUACUCACAAUUGUGGGUAACGUGGCUAUCCUGUUGUUGGUGAGUACCUCCCAGCAGUUACAUACCCCCAUGUACUUCUUUUUGAGCAACCUUUCUUUCCUGGAGAUUUGGUAUACCACAGCUGCAGUCCCCAAAGCCCUAGCCAUUCUGGUGGGGAGAAGCCGGACUAUAUCCUUUGCAAGUUGUCUUUUGCAGAUGUACUUGGUUUUCUCAUUAGGCUGCACAGAAUACUUUCUCCUGGCAGCCAUGGCUUAUGACCGCUAUCUGGCCAUCUGCUUUCCUCUACACUAUGGGGCCAUCAUGAGCAGCCUUCUCUCAGUGCAGCUGGCUCUAGGCUCCUGGGUCUGUGGUUUCUUGGCCAUUGCAGUGCCAACAGCACUCAUCAGCAGCCUAUCCUUCUGUGGCCCUCGUGCUAUCAAUCACUUCUUCUGUGACAUUGCACCUUGGAUAGCCCUGGCCUGCACGAGCACACAGGCAGUGGAGCUGGUGUCUUUUGGGAUUGCUUUUGUGGUCAUCUUGAGUUCCUGUCUUAUCACAUUGGUCUCCUACAUAUAUAUUAUCAACACCAUCCUCAGAAUCCCCUCUGGCAGUGGCCGAAGCAAAGCCUUUUCCACUUGUUCCUCCCAUCUCACUGUGGUGCUCAUCUGGUAUGGGUCCACCAUUUUCCUUCAUGUUCGGACAUCCAUCAAAGAUGCUUUAGAUCUGACCAAAGCUGUCCAUGUCCUCAACACAGUGGUGACUCCAGUGCUAAAUCCCUUCAUCUAUACUCUACGCAACAAGGAAGUCAGAGAAACUCUUCUGAAGAAAUGGAAGAGGAAAUGA